AACGGAAACGCAGUCCGGACCGGCGGUCAGUCUGCCACGUCUGAAAAAACUACAGCAAUAAAGAUAAGCGGAGCAAAAUAGACAUAUUUAUAGGAUAACUUUUAAAAAAAAGGUGUUUGGAGUAAUUUACAAAAAUGGUGUCUGUGAUUAAUACAGUGGACACCUCACAUGAGGACAUGAUCCAUGAUGCUCAGAUGGAUUACUACGGCACCAGACUAGCCACCUGCUCUUCUGAUCGCUCCGUCAAGAUCUUUGAUGUCAAGAACGGAGGACAGAUCCUUGUGGCCGAUCUCAGGGGUCAUGAGGGUCCAGUGUGGCAGGUGGCCUGGGCUCACCCCAUGUAUGGCAACCUCCUGGCGUCCUGCUCCUACGACAGAAAGGUGAUCAUCUGGAAAGAGGAGAACGGCACCUGGGAUAAGAUGUAUGAGUACACAGGCCAUGACUCCUCAGUGAAUUCGGUUUGCUGGGGACCGUAUGACUUUGGCUUAAUUCUGGCUUGCGGUAGCUCUGAUGGCGCCAUUUCAGUAUUAACAUGUUCAGGUGAUGGCCAUUGGGAUAUUAGAAAGAUCAACAAUGCACACACAAUUGGCUGUAACGCAGUGAGCUGGGCCCCAGCUGUCGUCCCCGGGAGUCUUAUAGAGCAGCCAUCAGGACAGAAGCCCAACUACAUCAAGAGAUUCGUGUCUGGAGGCUGUGACAAUCUGGUCAAGCUGUGGAAAGAGGAAGAUGGCCAAUGGAAAGAGGACCAGAAGUUGGAAGCACACAGUGAUUGGGUGAGAGAUGUCGGAUGGGCUCCAUCCAUUGGACUACCGACCAGCACAAUUGCCAGCUGCUCUCAGGAUGGCCGUGUGUUUAUCUGGACGUGCGAUGACCCGUCGGGUAACGCCUGGACGGCCAAACUCCUCCACAAAUUCAACGACGUGGUGUGGCACGUGAGCUGGUCCAUCACUGGAAACAUCCUAGCUGUGUCAGGCGGGGACAACAAAGUGACCCUCUGGAAAGAGUCGGUGGACGGCCAGUGGGCUUGUAUCAGUGACGUCAACAAAGGCCAGGGGGCCGCUUCCUCUAUCACAGACAACCAACAGAACGAGCAAUGAAGCUCAUUUCCUCCAAUCUCCAAACGUGUAGGAUAUUGGACCUCAGAUGAUCCCUCAAAGACAUUCUUAAAACGUUUAAUCGCAUCUCUCGCCCGCUAAUCUCCAGGUUGCAAAACCAAUAUGAAUUUCUGGUUGUCGAUUUUUGGUUUGUUUUCAAACAGGAUGUUUUGUAUAGUCUGUAAAAAUAACGCUUAAAAUGUAUGUUAAGAAAUGAGUCAUGUAAGUGAGAUGUGCGGGUAUUUAAUGAAUUUAGACUAAAUGUCCAAAUAAUCUGGCAACCGUGGAGAUUUUUCAAGAUCUGCAAACCUAUUGAAGAAUAAAGUUUUCUAUAAUAUUCA